AUGUAUACCUUAGAAGACAUCCUGGUGUCAGCUUCAACAAUGUGCCUGAUGACAACAGAGCAGAUCUUACCUGUUUGGGCCCCACUCACUGAACCUAUUUAUCUGAAUCCCUCCUCAGAGAAGGUGGCCUGUGUUGUACCUUCUGAAUGUGUGAAACACUGUGGCGUUGAAGUCGACUGCACUAACUAUGCCUACCCAAUGAUGGUGCUGGAACUGAUGCCUGAUGGACUGCAAGGUCUGAUGCUGUCAGUCAUGUUGGCCUCUCUCAUGAUCUCCCUGACCUCCAUUUUCAACAGUGCCAGCACCCUCUUUACCAUGGACCUCUACACCAAGAUUAGGAAACAGGCAUCAGAGAAAGAGCUUCUUAUAACAGGACGACUAUUUAUCAUUCUAUCAAUUGUCAUCAGCAUUUUGUGGGUCCCAUUAGUGCAGGUAUCUCAAAAUGGACAACUGUUCCAUUAUAUAGAAACAAUUUCUAGCUACCUUGGGCCUCCUAUUGCAGCUGUCUUUCUGCUUGCCAUCUUCUGUAAAAGAGUUAAUGAACAGGGAGCCUUCUGGGGUCUAGUCACUGGACUUGUGAUUGGCCUCAUUCGCAUGAUUGCAGAGUUUGUCUACAGAACAAGUAGUUGUUUGGCUACCAGUAACUGUCCCAAGGUCAUCUGUGAAGUGCACUAUCUGUACUUUGCCAUCAUUCUCUUUUUUCUUUCCAUACUGGUCAUCCUGGGAAUUUCCCUGCUAACAAAACCCAUUCCUGAUGUACAUCUAUAUCGCCUGUGUUGGGCUCUUCGGAACAGUACAGAGGAACGAACUGAUUUAGAUGCAGAAGAGAAAAGACAUGAAGAAGUUGAUGAUGAUGUUGAUGAAGAUAAUCCUGAGGAACCCCAUGGAUGCCUCAGGAAGGCUUAUGACUUAUUCUGUGGUUUGCAGAAGACAGGCCCCAAACUGAGCAAAGAGGAGGAAGAGGCCCAAAAAAAGAAGCUGAGAGACACAUCUGAGAAGCCUUUAUGGAGGACUAUAGUGAAUGUUAAUGCCAUUCUCCUCCUGGCAGUGGCCAUCUUCGUCCAUGGCUAUUUUGCCUGA